AUGAAAUCAGAGAGCGGCACACAGUCUGACUCCGACCACGAGCACGAGCACGAGCACGAGCCGGAGCACGAUCACGAGCACGGGGAGCAGCUGGAUGCACUGGACGCAAUGGACGCCAUGGACACCGGCAGACCGCGCAAGGUCUGGUUCCAGAACCGACGCGCGAAGUGGCGCAAGCGGGAGAAGGCACUGGGUCGCGAGCACGCGCCCUUCCUGCACCACGAACACGGUUAG